AUUUCUGAAAACUGUCCGCAACUUGAAAAUCGACUCAAUUUCAACAAUGGGAAAAAACAAAAGAACUAAGAAGUUGGCCAUGGAUUCCGGCAAUUCUGGGACAAUAUCAAAACCAAGUAGCAUUGUGCACUUGCCAAUCGAUGUUCUUGAAGAAUUUUUGGAAAAGUUGGAGCCAAAAGAUCGAUUCCUCCUCCGCAAAGUCUCCCGCCAAUUCAAAGCACUUAUCGACAACAGAGACUAUGGUCUCAAACGGAUUAAGCUCUCAAUCAACAUAAUGUUCAAAAGCUGUUCUAUAUAUUUUGAUGAGAAUCGUGUCGAAUACGAGGACAUUCCAAAACUGCCUAGAGGAACACCAAGAAAGUGGGAAAAUCCAGUGCUGAAAGACGACUGCUCGGUUUGUCUGGAAGAUGAUGUGAUCCAUCGAGUGGUCGGCAUGACUCAUUUGGAAGUUGCGUUAAGUGACAUGACACUGUUCCUGAGAAAUUCAAAGUGCCGACUGGACUGGUUGUCAGUUCCACGGGCUUUCAACCAAAGUUCUGAAACUAUAACUAGACUUUUCUCCGACCAACUCACCAAUCUACAUGUCAAAAAGCUCAUUCUACGGGAAUUCACAAGUACCCAGAUUGCUCAGAUUCUUCCAAGUUUCAAGGCAGGCGUCUUGGAAGAGAUCCUCUGGGAACUACACGAUCCAGUAAAUAUUGAUGUUGUACAAGAAGAUCUUGUCGGGUUGGAGCAAUGGAAAAGAGCAAAGAGCUUGAUAGUUAAGCCAAGUUAUUUCAAAAAAUCUUACGUGCAUGUCACAACGGAUUUUCAACUUUUUGCUAACUUCUCGAAACUUAAAGCUUACCUGAAAUUUUUUAGAGAGGACCAUGCUCGAGACUUGAAAGAGAUUCUACCAAAAAUCCCAAAUUUUAAAUCUUGGACUCUCACAGCUCCCAUAGAAGAUCCCAUGGAGGUGGUGAAGAUUUUCAGGCCGGAAUAUGCGGGAGGCCCGUUUAGAAGCAUAGAUUACACUGCUCAUGGAUUGAUAUAUACCAUAGAAUUUGAUUUCAAACACUUUAAAGUUAUUGGAAAAUGAAUUUCUUGCUAUU